UUUAGUGACACAUACAGAUGAAAAGUUGAAACACCUUAUCAGUAAACUAUCUUAAUAUAAUCGCAGACUUUCAUUUAGAUCGUACUUCUCUGCCCGCAAUAUGUUGGCCAUUUUGAUCGUUAGUGCUGCUUUAGGACUAGCUGCUGGUCAGACCAGUGAAGUUGCCUUCUCAGCCGGCUUGACGCAUGACCAAACUGUUCUGCACGCAGAGACUAUAAUCUACGACAAGGUUUAUACAAAUGUCGGUGGUGGUUACGACGCUACAACUGGCGUCUUUACCUGUCCAACAGCCGGUCUAUAUACAUUCCAGUUUCAUACGCUAGCUCACCAGGACAAGUCCUCAUGGCUAGAGCUGUACAAGAAUCAAGAGUAUAUUGCCUCAAUUUACGGACACACAGUUAAUGACUUUGCCAGUGGAGGAAACUCUGUAGUUCUUCAACUUACAGUAGGAGAUACGGUAUACAUUAAAGCUGUGGACAACAGUUAUGGUACAGAUACCAAUCUGUAUGGCCAGCCUGACGAGGUCUACUCAACAUUUAGUGGCUAUCUUAUUUCGACAUCUUAAACAGAAAUGAAUGGUUUUACUCAGUGUAAAGAAUUUUAAUGCAAUUAUAGUAUAAUUAUAUUA